GUGAGGGGAGAGCAGAAGGCAGACUGAGGGAGAGAAAGAGAGAGAGAGAGAGAGAAUUAUCAGACCUAACCUUUAUGAAUAAAUAACAACUCAGAGUCUGAUGAAAGUAAAGACAGAAGCCAAAGCUGACCACAAAAAAACCCAGAAAGGGUACGACGACUGUACGAAUGUAUUUUUUUUGUUCCAUAUUUUAAAUCAGUUUAGUCGGUGGUCUCAUUAAUUGAUGCUUUUUGGUUGUUUUGACUGUUUCCAGUAGUGACGACACAUGAAGCCCCGCCCUCUGACCCUCUUCUCCCCGGCCCUGGAUGUCAGCUGAUGUCAAACUUUCCCAGUAGCCAGUGAAUAACAGAGAUCUGAGAGGUGUUGGUUAUUCAUUGCACAGUUAAAUUCAAAUCCUUUCCCAGUCAGAUCACAGGACUUUAAACCCUCUUCUUCUUUCACUUCCUAUUUUUAAAGAAGUUGUUUCUCGUGGGAAAGCUGUGAGCAGCUUCUUGUUUUUCCAUCAGCAGGAAACAUUUUAAGGACUUCUUUAAAGCUCCAACAUGACAGACGCUCCUCGAACAGACGACAGCAGCAGGUCCAACAGCGAGGACUCUCCGUCCCCUAACCGUCCUCUCCACGGGCAAAACCCUGAUUUAGACGCAGAGAGUCAAACCUUCCUGCCUAAACAUAACGCAGGCAAAAAUGCCUCCGUCAGCAUGUCCGUCUUCAACCUGGGCAAUGCCAUCAUGGGCAGCGGCGUCCUGGGUCUGUCCCUCGCCAUGGCCAACACCGGCAUCGCCCUGUUUGUGUAAGCACUUGUCCAUCACCUAAGACCUGAAACCUCAUUUUAGUGUAGCCGGUUUCGGGGAAGUGUUGCUUUAAAAGUGUUGUUCCCCGAUCUCUGGAAGACUUGCUGUAACUCCGUUCUGUUCACAUAGACUUAAAUAACAAGCAGUGCCUUGGAUUCCCCUUCACUUUGUUACUGUUGAAAGAAGAGAGAUGAUAAGAGGAAAUGAUCACAAGAAGCAGGUGUAUGUCAUUUUUUGGACAUUUUCGACGUAAUACAAUAGUAUGUCAUUUUUUUGGACAUUUUC